AAGCCACUGCUUGUCCUGCAGAUUCCUAGGUUUCCUGCUCCCCUCAUUUUCCCUUUCUUUCUAGUUAAGUUUCCUCAUUUCUCUCCCUCUAUAUAAAUUGCGAUGUAUGUUUGAUGGGUUGAAGGGAGUAGUUGACUUAGGUUGAAAAUAGAGAAAGAUGGAGAAGGAGGGUUCAAACAAGAAGAGAGCAUUUGCCAACGACUCCAGGCUGAUUGAGCUGCUGUUUUCUUGGUCCCUUGAAGACAUUUUCAAUAAUGAUCUGUACAGGAACCAGGUAGAAAGGAUCCCAGAGACCUUUGGAACAGCAGGUCAUUAUUUCGGGUCUUAUAUUUUUCCUUUAUUGGAAGAAAUUCGAGCAGAGAUGUGUUCAAGUAUGGAGGACAUUCACAGUGCACCCUUUGCUGAAGUGACCUCUUUUGAUGAGAGCAAACCAUAUGGAUCAUUAUUAUAUGAUGUUAAAGUGGAUAACUGGAGAAAUAGAUUUAGUGAUCAUGGCAGGGAGCCUUACAAAACUUUGCCUGGGGAUAUUUUAAUUUUAACAGAUGCUAAACCAGAAACAGUUUCUGAUUUACAACGGGUUGGAAGGACAUGGACUUUUGCAUCUGUCACUAGAAUCCCAGAUGAUGAGAAUGAAGACAAUAGUUCAUCGACUUAUUUUAAAGUCAAGAUAUCAAAUGAAUAUGAAGUCAAUGAUGAGAAGCAAAGAUCGAUGUUUGUAAUUUUCUUGAUUAAUAUAGUCACUAACAAAAGAAUAUGGAAUGCUUUGCACAUGAGUGGGAAUAUGAGCAUUAUAAGUGAGGUUUUGUCUUCUGAUUCUCAGGUCAAGGAAAAUUGUUGUCAGUGUCCUGUAUGGAGUGAUGGUGUAUAUGCAGAAAAUUUUCCUAUGAGUUCAUCAUCUAAUCUAAAUGAAUCCCAAACCAAGGCAGUUGUAACUUGUCUUAGAAAGAUUCAGUGUAACCACAAACCUUCAGUGGAACUUAUAUGGGGACCGCCAGGGACGGGAAAAACUAAAACAGUCAGUGUGCUGCUGUUUAAACUUUUAAGGACGAAUAUCAGAACACUUGCUUGUGCCCCAACAAAUGUUGCAGUAACGGAAGUUGCCUCUCGUGUACUCAAGCUGACAAAAGAGUCGUUUGAAAAUAGUUUGUUUUGUUCAUUAGGAGAUAUUCUCAUAUUUGGGAAUAAGGACCGGCUGAAGGUUGGGGCAGACAUUGUGGAGGUAUAUUUGGAUUAUCGUGUUGAUAGGCUUAUUGAGUGCUUUGGGCCUCUUACUGGUUGGAGAUAUUGUUUCACUUCCAUGAUAGAUUUUCUUGAAGACUGUGUUUCUCACUACCAUAUUUUCCUGGAAAAUGAAUUAAGGAAGGAGAAAAGCUGCAGCGAUGAAGGUGGAAGUACCAAGGAAGAGGUUUUCAUGAAAAAUGAAUUAAGCAGCAAUGAAUGUGGAAGUUCCAAGAAAGUGGAUAAAUCAUUUAUUGAGUUUGCAAGAGAUAGAUUCAAGGCUACUGCUGGCCCUCUCAGAAGAUGUGUCCAGAUUUUUUGCACUCAUCUGUCUAAAGAUUUCAUUCUGGAACAGAAUUUCCAGAACAUGGUUGACCUUAUUGGGUUACUUGACUCAUUUGAAAGUUUAUUAUCCAAAGAUAAUGUGGUUCCUGAGGAGCUGGAGAAGCUGUUUUCACAUCAAGAAGCAGUUCAGGAUUCUUCUCCAUCUUUCUCAGAUUCUUCAAACCUUCUGUACAUGAGCAGAGGAGAAUGCCUUUCUGUUCUAAAAACACUUCGUGGUUCUCUUAAUGAACUCAGCCUUCCUAGUGUUAUGAACGAAGGUUUGAUAAAAGAAUUCUGUUUUAAAAUGGCUUCAUUAAUUUUCUGCACUGCUUCAAGUUCAUAUAAGCUCCAUUCAGCAAAUAUGAAACCACUGGACUUGUUGGUUAUCGAUGAAGCUGCACAAUUGAAAGAGUGUGAAUCAACAAUACCCCUACAACUUCCUGGUAUAAGGCAUGCCAUUCUCAUUGGUGAUGAAUGCCAAUUACCAGCAAUGGUUAGUAGCAAGGUUUCUGAAGAAGCUGGUUUUGGAAGAAGUUUAUUUGAAAGGUUGAGUUCAUUAGGUCAUUUUAAGCACCUUCUCGAUGUGCAGUACAGAAUGCAUCCAUCAAUAAGUUUCUUCCCAAAUUCAAAAUUUUAUCUCAACCAGAUCUUGGAUGCACCAAAUGUUAAAAGUGAAAACUACAACAAACAUUUUCUUUCAGGACCCAUGUUUGGCUCCUAUUCUUUCAUAAAUAUUCGUGGAAAGGAAGAACAUGAUGAUGUUGGUAAGAGCCGUAAAAAUAUGAUUGAGGUGGCUAUUGUGAUCAAGAUAGUACGAAAUCUAUAUAAAGAGUGGAGUGGCUCAAAUCAGAAGCUUAGCAUUGGUGUGAUAUCUCCAUAUUCUGCUCAAGUUGUGGCAAUCCACGAUAAACUUGGACAGAAGUAUGAGAAGCUUGGUAACUUUUCAGUGAAGGUGAAGACUGUUGAUGGGUUCCAGGGCGGGGAGGAAGAUAUAAUAAUAAUAUGUACUGUAAGAUCUAAUUCUGGUGGAUCAAUUGGAUUCCUUUCCAAUCCUCAGAGAACUAAUGUUGCUUUGACAAGGGCUAGGUACUGUCUUUGGAUUUUGGGGAAUGAAAGGACUCUAGCUAAUAGUGAAUCCAUCUGGGAAGACUUAGUUCUUGAUGCCAAGAAACGUAAGUGUUUCUUCAAUGCUGAAGAAGAUAAGGAUAUUGCUAAAGCCAUAUUAGAGGUCAAGACAGAGUUUGAUCAGCUUGAUCAUUUGCUGGAUGGGAGUAGUAUACUUUUCAAAAGUGCUAUGUGGAAGGUUCUUUUCAGUGACAACUUUAAGAAAUCAUUUGUAAAGCUGCGAUCAGACCACACAAAAAAGUCUGUUUUGAACCUGUUACUGAAGCUUUCUAGUGGAUGGAGACCAAAGAGGUUGAAUGUAGACAGAGUUUGUGAAAGCUCUUCCCAUAUCUUGAAACAAUUCAAGGUUGAAGGAUUAUAUAUUGUUUGCUCAAUUGACAUAGUUAAAAACACCCAAGUUUUGAGGGUUUGGGAUAUUUUGCCUCUGGAAGGUGUUCUAAAAUUGGCUAAACGUCUUGAUAACAUAUUCCAGAGGUACACUGAUGAUUUUAUCAAUUGCUGCAACGAAAAAUGUCUUGAUGGGAAUUUAGAAGUUCCAAAGACAUGGCCAACCUCCUUGAACAUCAUCCAGUUUAAGAACAACGAUGAAUCUCAGGGCAAUGAAAGUGCAGGUACUUUUGACGGUAAAAGUUAUGUUGAGAAUUCAAAGGUGAGUGAAAGUUUAUUACUGAUGAAGUUCUACUCCUUAUCAUCGGGUAUGGUAACCCACUUGCUCUCUGACCAUGAUGGUAGAGAAUUAGAUCUCCCAUUUGAAGUAACAGACCAAGAACAGGAGAUAAUUCUUUACUGUAGAAGCACCUUUAUACUUGGACGAUCAGGUACCGGUAAAACAACUGUUUUGACCAUGAAGCUAUUCCAAAAGGAGCAACAACACCGUAUGGCAAUGGAAGGUUUCCAAGGAGACAAGGGUAAUGCAUCCACAAAUGCUACCUACAGAAAGGAGGUUGGGGUGAGUGUUGGAGAGACUCAGGUGGCUGUCUUGCGACAGCUUUUUGUGACAGUCAGUCCUAAACUGUGCUAUGCUGUCAAACAACAUGUCUCUCAUCUGAAAAGCUUUGCCCAUGGAAAGAAUUUUUCAGCGGAAGAAAGUUCAAAUAAUAAGGAUUAUGUAGAUGAUGCUGAACUAUUCGAUGAUAUUCAAGAUUCUCUUGUUGAUAUUCCACCUAAAUCAUACCCUCUAGUUGUGACAUUCCAUAAGUUCUUGAUGAUGCUUGAUGAAACAUUGAGCAAUUCAUACUUUGACAGAUUCCAUGAUGUACGUGAACUUUCUCAUGGAAAAAGCAGGAGUUUAAGUUCAAUUGGCAUGCAGACUUUAAUAAGAACAAAAGAGGUUACAUAUGACAGGUUCAGUUCUUCUUAUUGGCCCCAUUUCAAUAGCCAGCUAACUAAGAAGCUAGAUUCUUCCAGUGCCUUUACUGAGAUAAUUUCUCAUAUAAAAGGUGGCUUGAAAGGAGGGAGGGUCCCUGAUGGUAAGCUUUCCCGGGAGGAUUAUGUGCUGCUAUCUGAAGGCCGGGUGUCUACUUUAAGUGGGCAAAAGAGAGAGAGAAUUUACGACAUCUUUCAAGAUUAUGAAAAGAUGAAGAUGGAGAGAGGUGAAUUUGAUUUGGCUGAUUUAGUAAUUGAUCUUCAUCACCGACUUAGACAGCAGAGAUAUAUGGGCGAUGAAAUGGAUUUUGUAUACAUUGAUGAAGUGCAGGAUCUUACCAUGAGACAGAUUGCUCUUUUUAAGUAUGUCUGCAGAAAUGUGAAUGAGGGUUUUGUUUUCUCAGGCGAUACAGCACAAACUAUUGCAAGGGGGAUUGAUUUUAGGUUCCAAGAUAUACGGUCACUGUUCUACAAUGAGUUUGUAAUGGAGUCAAGUGAUGAACGUGAUGGAAGAAAAGAGAAAGGUCAAAUCUCAGAGAUUUUCCAUUUGAGCCAGAAUUUUCGUACCCAUGCUGGUGUUCUCAAAUUAUCACAGAGCGUUAUCGACCUUCUUUAUCGGUUUUUUCCUCAAUCUAUUGAUGUCUUGAGUCCAGAGACCAGUGAAAUUUAUGGGGAAGCUCCUGUUUUGCUUGAACCUGGAAAGGAUGAAAAUGCAAUCAUAACCAUGUUUGGAAACAGUCAAAAUAUUGGAGGGAGUAUGGUCGGUUUUGGAGCAGAGCAGGUUAUUUUAGUGCGUGAUGAUUGUUCUAGGAAGGAAAUUUCAGAUUAUGUUGGGGAGCAAGCUCUCGUUCUUACGAUACUGGAGUGCAAGGGCCUAGAGUUCCAGGACGUGUUGUUGUACAACUUUUUUGGGUCAUCACCUUUGAAAAAUCAAUGGAGAGUAGUAUAUGAAUUUAUGAAGGAACAAAAUUUGCUAGACUCCACUGCUCCUAGGUCCUACCCAAGUUUCAGUCAAGAAAAACACAAUGUCAUGUGCUCUGAACUGAAGCAAUUGUAUGUGGCUAUAACUCGUACGAGGCAAAGGUUGUGGAUUUGUGAAAACAUAGACGAGCUGUCCAAGCCUAUGUUUGACUAUUGGAAGAAAUUGUGCCUUGUGCAAGUUACACAGCUGGAUGAGUCUCUUGCAAAUGAAAUGCGAGUUGCUAGCACCCCUGAGGAGUGGAAGGCUACGGGUAUCAAGCUACUUCGUGAGCAUCACUAUGAGAUGGCAACAAGGUGCUUUGAAAGGGCAGAAGACACCUAUUGGGCAAGGCUGGCUAAGGCUCAUGGCCUUAAAGCAGCAGCUGAACAGAAGCGUCAUUUAAAUCCUGAAGCUGCUCAUGUUGAUCUUAGGAAGGCCGCAGAAAUAUUUGAAGAAAUUGGCGAGGCUCGACCUGCUGCCAAAUGCUUUUUUCAGUUAAAUGAGUAUGAAAGAGCAGGUAGAAUUUAUCUGGAAAAAUGUGGGGAAUCCGAGCUGGAAAAAGCUGGAGAAUGUUUUUCUCUGGCAGCACUUUAUGAACUUGCAGCUGAAGUGUAUGCUAGGGGCCACUUUUUCUCAGAGUGUUUGUCCGCAUGCACAAAAGGAAAAUUCUUGGACAUGGGUUUGCGUUACAUCCACUACUGGAAACAACAUGCAACUACGAGUACUUUUAUGAUCAAGAGAAGUAAAGAAAUAGGGAAGAUUGAACAAGAAUUUUUGGAGAGUUGUGCACAUCAUUAUCAUGAGCUUAAAGAUAAUAGAAAAAUGAUGGAAUUUGUUAAAGCUUUUCACUCCAUGGAGUCAAAACGCAACUUCUUAACUACAUUAGAUUGUCUUGAUGAGCUUCUGUGGUUGGAAGAAGAAUUGGGUAACUUUAUGGAGGCUGCAAACAUUGCAAAACUAAGUGGGGAGAUUCUACUUGAGGCUGAAAUGCUGGGUAAGGCUGGAAACUACAGAGAUGCAUCAACACUUUUUCUCUGUUAUGUGUUUGCCAACUCUCUUUGGGCAUCUGGAAGCAGAGGUUGGCCCUUGAAGCAGUUUGUGAAAAAGGAGGAGGUCUUAACAAAAGCCAGGUUAUUUGCAGAGAGGGAGUCAAAGCAAUUCUACGAGUUUGUUUGUAUGGAGGCUAGUAUUUUAUCUAAUGAACAGACUAGCUUGUUUGAGAUGAACCAAUGUUUGACCACUUCCCAGAGACAUGAAAGUGUCAGAGGUGAAAUAUUAUCUGCUCGAAAAAUUAUUGAUGCUCAUCUUAAUUCAAAUACCACCAAGUAUGAGUGGACAGAUGAAUGGGUUUCUGAUCUGAAGCAGCAUUCAGAAGUCAGACUUUCCCAGAACUGUAUUUCAGUUGAAACUUUGUUAUACUUUUGGAAUGUUUGGAAGGAGAACGUUGUUAACAUAUUUGAGUCUCUUGGGCUUGAUGAAACCACCCAAGAUGUUAAGAACUAUUCAAGUUAUGGAGAAUUCUGUUUCAACUACUUUGGAGUGAGGAAGCAGUGUAAAAAUCUGAAUUUAAUCCAUGCUUUGCUUAUCCCUGACGCCAAUUGGUUGAGAGCAGUCGAUGAUAGAUUUAUUCGAAGGACUGGUAAGUUGGUUUAUGUUGAUGCUGACCAGUUUGCUUCUGCUGCUCGGAGUUAUUGGAGUUCAGAGUUACUCUCUGUUGGCAUUAAGGUGUUGGAAAAUCUGGAAGUCCUCUAUAAUUACUCUACCUGGAAGUCAUUGUCUCUGUUCUGCCAAAGCAAGUUGCUUGUUCACAUGUUUGAGGUUUCAGAAUUUCUUUUGAAGCUUAAGUUUCUUGACCUCAGAUACAAUGCUGCCAGAACACUGCAGAAAUUCCUUGAUAUAUCAACUAGGCAAUUUUGUUCGAAAAUUUUUCCUUUGGACUGGAAAAAGUCAUCAACAGAGAACAUGGUUUCUCUCAGAGAAACUGAGCUUUCCAGAAAUUUACUUGAAGAAGUUAUUUCUACAAGCAUCAGCAUAAAAAGUGAGUUCACUUAUGGGCAAAUUGGAAGAGUGGCCUCUUGGAUUCUUGGGAUGGGUAAGCUGACUACUGAACUAUAUGAGAAGAUUGCAGAGAAGUUUGCAGAGAAGUUUGCCGUGAAUCCACCAUGGAAGGCAUUCAUCAAUAAUCUCAGUGGGAACAUAGGAUCAGGAUUUCCACAGGAUUCAGUGCCUAUCAAUGAAUCUCAAAAGCAUGUGUCUUUGGUUUUGACGCUUGAUGGAGCAUUGAGAGAUACCUACAAUGCUUACUGGGGACAAAGUGAUUAUAUAUCGCCUGGUUACUUCUUGUAUCUUGUUGAUCGCCUUCUUAUUUUGGUGACUUCUUUUCAGGGAUACUGUUUCACUACCAAGUCUUCCUAUAUCGAGUGGCUUAUUUUCCAGGAAUGGAAUAGCUUCCCAAAUCCGGGUUUAGUGGCUAAUCAGCAAUUUCCUUUUGGAGCGACUCUUGAUUAUGUUGCCUACAUAGCUCAGGAUCUCCUUUACAAGACACAAGUCACAGUGGAGUGGAUUAGAAAAUCUAAUAUCAAUUUUAACGAAUACUACCCAUUGUUAGUGCUGAGAUUGGUAAUUAUAAUUUGUUUGCUUUGUGUGAAUGCGAAACAUGAGAAAUAUGUCGAGAUGCUCUUCCAAUUGCUCAGGAGGGGUGACAUUACUUCACUAUUACCACGGGACUUUUGCGAUGUGCUGAGGAGAAGAAGGAAACGUAAUCAGUUCAGCAUAAGUGUAAAUGUGCUUGCUGAAGCGUUAAGAAAAGUUGACAAUCCUCUCGUGAUAGUGAAGUUGCAGAGAAAUUCUUCAGAAGUGUCAUGCCCAGAUGCCAUCUUCAUAGACAUGACAGUCGACCAAUGCAGAGAGGACCUAUUAUGUGUCUUGUUUCAAAGAAACAUCAAUUCAUCCAGCAUAGAACUUCCCUCAAGUAGUAAUGCAUCCUCAAACUUAGGUUCUGGGGUGGAUCAGGGCUUGAAGUCUCAGAAUGAUGAAGUUAUAGGAGGCAAUCCGCAAAAUAAUUAUGAGCACUUUUGGGAUUUUCUUGACGCUGUGGACAGCAGUGCUAUGAACUUCUUGCCCAAUGCCCCUAGGGUAAAGGUGGAGGUAGAGAAUAAUAUUCGCCUUAUAACUUCAGUGCUGGCCACCUUUCAUAAGAACCCUGCAGAAGGUGAAGAUGUAAACCUUUGUCAAGAAUUGAACUCCAUGCUUGAUGAAUUGAAGCAGCUUUCUUCUGUAUUGAAUGUGAGUAAUAAUGGUUCGAGAAUUGGGGAGCUUUUCGUAAGUCUGAAUUCAAGAAGGCCACGAGUAGAGCCUUUGUUGAACCAGCUAUUUUUGCAGAAGGAUUCAAAUUCAGUAAAUGAGGCAUCAUCAUCAGCUACCACCAUCCCCUCUGGUAUCCAAAACCAAGUAGAUAAAGGCACAGGCAAGGCUGAAGAAAGUGAAGAGGCUGAUGAGGUUAAUACCAAAACCCCAAGCAACUCUAACAAUAGGGAAGCUGAAAGCAAGAAGGGAAAGGGAAAAGCCAAGAAGGGAAAAAGGGGAAAAGGUAGGAGAAAGUAAACAGCCAUGGAUACCUUUGCAACUUCAAGAUCAUAUCAUAUGAAUGUAUAUCAUUUCAGAAAUUCUGUUUCUUCAAUAUGCAUUUCUAAGUGUCGAAAUAUAUGUAUGGUUUGUUGUAUAGCUUCUUUCCAAAAAAAACACUUCAUAAUACUAAAUAUUCUGCCAUGCAAUCUCUAUAUUGUAAAGCUACCACUUUUCAAAGGGCUCAUUGAAUAUUAAGCUAAUAUUCUACCUCA